AUGUAUAAGGAAAUCCUAAUAGCUUUAUGGAUGUUUGAGUUAGAAAUAAUUAAACAAAAUCCUGGACAAAGUGUAUCUGAUUAUGCUCAGAAAUUCAAAAUGUUAAUGCAACGAGUUGAUAUCACUGGAGGAUUUGGACAGCAUUAUAUUAUUAGUAAAUUCGUUAGAGAAUUGUCACCCCAUUUAAUGACCAUGAUAGUUGGUCAUAGUCCUCAAACUUUAGAUGCAGCUAUCACUAAAGCUAAAGAAAUCGAAACUGGAUUUACUAUUGCCCAACCAAUCUAA